UGUUAUCUUGUAGGUAGGUGAUUUGUUUUGGGCACAUUAAUAUUAGAGAUUUAGUCCUUCCAUAGUUGCUGCUUCUGAUCUUGCUUUUGCUUUUUCUUCUCUUUUGCAGAGUUUUACCCUUUCGAGCAUCCCAAAAUGAAGUUUGCUACUGAAGUAUGGUAUGGUGAAACAACUCUUCUGUACUGUCGAUUUGCUUUUUUGUUCGUAUUUAUGAUUUGACACAGCAGUAAGUAGUUUCGACUUUGCAUGAAGAGAAAGAUCUCUGAGUUUUGAGGGAACAUUUGAAUUGCUGUUGGAUUAGUAGCUUAUUGGUCUACCUCUUUACAUAAAAGAAAAAUUAUGAACUAAUGGACUCAAUUGCUGGGGUUAGUUUUUAUGCAGUGCAUUGAUUGUCAGAGGAUAUGACAAGUUAUUUUACAUCAGUAUGAGGAAGAAGUUUUAUGAUACAUAUUCUGAAUGUAUAAGAAACCACAACCUGUUCUAUUAAGUAGGGACUAACAUAAUCAAUGUUUGAAUGCAUUAUUCUGUGCUUUCUGGUCUGUGUUGUUAAACAUAGGAGCUUUUGGUUUAUGGGUUUUGGUUGGUGGCCGUAGGAUUUUGUUUUUGGAAGUAGCUGGCAGGUGGAAAUGAAUCCUAGUCGUUGAUCGGAGUUGGUUGUCGCUCCCAUGGAGUAGCUGAUGACAAAUUUCUUCUAACUUUAUUAUGUCAUGGCACUGGCAAAGUUAUUGUCCAACUGCCUUUAUGACCAUUUUAUUGAUUCGUUUGUUGUUCAGUGUUUAUAAGUUUAUUUUUGGAAUUUCUAGCUUGUUUUGAGAUCUGAUUUUCGUCUUUCUUGUGGCAUGUUCAACAGAUUUGGCCACUUUUGAGAACUUAGAUGCUGAGGACUACUGUCGCCCCUCGAGAUGGACUUGUUGUUCCCUUCGGGUCAGAGCUCCGAGAAGCUCAGCCUCCCUGCCCUACGAUCCAAAAUGAACACCGACCCGGAAGGUUAUAGUUCGGAGUUGAGCCUUAUCUACAACCAAUUCAAGUCGUCUCUUGGGCCGUUUCUCCAGCAAGCGGCAUUGAUUUUCACCUCAGUCAGUGGAAUUGCCUCCGACUCCUACAGUGGCUAAGAAUUGAGGUGACCGCACCAUGUUUCUAGCCCACAUUACUCUGCUUUAUCCGAAAGAAUCGGCCCAAUUUCGAUGGUAUUAUGAGAAUGAACCAGAAGCAUAAGAAUGAUCCCAAGAAUAAAGCACUUCAAAAUCUUUUGUUCAAGAUGUUGCAGCAGAAGGAUGAAGCAAAAGCAAAAAGAGCACUUAUUACCCUGUGUGAUCUUCAUCGGAGGAAAGUCUGGUUUGAAGAUAGGCUGCAAAUGCUUGUGACCAUGAUUGCUGCCUUGUCGUUUCUUCUUGAUUUUGAAAAGACUAUGGCGAUGAGAGUGACGAUUCUGGUGAAUAUGAGCCAACAACCCCACAACCUAAAGUAGUAUUGAAUACAGAAGCUGUUUUUACAAGGUUGGAUACUUUUUCGUUUUAGGGAAAAUCAAUAAUUUUGUUUUGGGCAUACUAUUCCAAGUUAAUAGGAAGAGAUUCACCUUCCACUUACAAGGUCGAUACUGAACUCAUAUGACCAGCUUACUUUGACAUUAACAUAAUAGCAAAAAAACAAUCAAAAUAUCGAGCAGUUAAUUUCUAUUUUGUCUAGUCCUGAAUAUUUUGCUAAAGUGAUGAUUGAAGCAAUUGUGCAUACUUUGUCAAAACGAUUAUUGGAAACAAUUGUGUUGUUUCUGAUUGGUUUAUGCAUAGUACAGGCAACUAUGGAAAGCAUAUUAUUUUUGUUA